AUGCUGCCAAUCCAGAUGCAGCUCUCUGUUGAGCUCACAAAUGCCUUUGGAGCUGUUGCGGCUGCACUUCCAUGGAAAAAAAUUCUCGACCUCGGACGAGAUCUGAGGAAAUCAGGCUCCGAUAUCGUGGUGGAAGAAGACCUCGCAAACGUCUUUGGACGAGGGAAGAUUGUUCAUGCACUUGAAAAUCGAUUCAAGCACUCAAUUAACGACACCAAGAUUGUUCCGCUACAUCCCACAUGUUCAAUCAGUUUGCAGAGUGGCCCUGGGCCCACAGUCACACGAGCUAUGCGAGGUCAAGAUCGACGAUACAUGUCUACUGUUAUCCAGCUUUCCUUCCUGGGCGCAGUAUGUAACCGCACCGAGCUUGCUACCGCACUCACGGAAUGUAUGAGCCAAAGGCUUACUUGCGGCAUUCAAGAUUCGUCCAGGCCCGGGUUUGAGGACAUCGCUGGAGUGCUCGAAGCCUGUAGCUCUCAGACAAGCAAUUUUGACUGGUGA